AUGAAGUUCGCAUGUUGUAAAUCGACCCGAGGUGGAGCCACUGACUGCAUAGUUUGUACUAAAUGCAGAAAUAACUAUCAUUAUCAAUGCUUACAUCCUUCGGACAGUAAAAAAGAUCUGUCGAACGAUUACAAAAAAACAUGGAUAUGUCCAGAGUGCUCUUUAACUCGACCACGACAUCUGUACAAAGAUAACACUCCCGUUCGCGGUAGUAGUACUGACACUCAAAGCAAUUUAAAUGACAAUAUAAAUCUGCGUAGAGGCGCCUCAUCAUCAGUAACCUGUUCGCCGGAUAAUAACAUAAUUGAAUCUAGUGUAUACUCCACAUCUUUUCUUGAGCACGUAAAAUCAAUUAUUUCUUCGGAGAUAGCUAGCUUGAAGACAGAAUUUAAAUCUUUUAUGUUACCUCUUGAAAAUGAAGUAAAGGCUUUAAGACAGGAAUUUUUGAGUGUAAGGGAGAGUUUGGAAUUUUUUAACUCUAAAUUCGAAGAGUUGAACUCUAGAAUAUUGCACUGUGAGUCAGAGGUUAAGCAAUUAUCAUCCAAGUCGAUUGAAUUUGGUAACCUAAAAUCGAAAUUUGAAUCCAUUGAAAUCGAAAAUAACAAUAAGGAACAGUGGGCGCGCAGAUCUAACAUCGAAAUCUACGGAAUUCCUGAGAAAAAGAAUGAAAAUUUGUUUUCUAUUCUGCAAGAUAUAGCUAAGAAGGCCGAUAUUAAUUUAAAUUUAAAUACGGACAUUGACUUCAUUACUAGGGUAGCUCCAAAAAAUAGUGAAAAUAAAAAAAUUAAACCUAUUAUAGUGCGGUUUUUAUGCAGAUGGAAAAAGGACGACUUUUUAUCAUUGGUUCGAAAGCAAAAACUGAGUUGUAAUGAUUUGACCGAGGGCAAAAUAUUUUUCAUGAAUUUAGCCAAUUACGGUGUCGAGAAAAUGGGUCAUUUGUCACAGGCCGAAAAAUUCUAUUCCGGC